AUGGAGGAAGCGAUGUCGGCCGACCUCACUUCUCGAAAAGUCGCGUACACCUCGGAGGCACGACAACCCGAGUCGUUUAAUCCUCGUUUCGGGCCUUCCACUGGAGUGUUACACGACAACCGAAAACCCGAAUUACAGCAGCCCGUUCGCGUCGGAGUAUUUCUCAGCGGAGGGCCUGCACCGGGCGGGCACAACGUUAUCUCCGGUUUGUUCGACCGGCUGAAGGAAUAUCACCGCGACUCCGUGCUGAUCGGAUUUCGCGGAGGCCUCGAGGGUUUGUUUGCAAAGAACUACUUCGAAGUAACUGAUGAUUUGCUUUCCGUGUUUCGCAACUCGGGCGGAUUCGACUUUCUCUGGAGCGGCCGCGGCAAACUGACUGACGAUAACAUUGACAUUUGUAAACAGGUGGUUAACGAGCUGCUGCUCGACGGGCUCGUUGUCGUCGGCGGCGACGGCUCGAACAGCGUUGCCGCUUUCCUUUCAGAACACUUUGGAAAAUCGUUGGACUGUCACUGCAACGUCAUUGGCGUUCCAAAGACUAUUGACGGCGACUUGAUGAACGAAGCGAUCGAGGUUUCGUUUGGGUUCGACACGGCGAGCCGCACGUACGCGGAACUCAUCGGCAACCUGUGCACAGACUGCUGCUCGGGGCAAGGCGUUUGGCACUUCAUCCGUGUCAUGGGGCGAACUGCGAGCCAUCUGACCGUAGAGGUUGCGCUGCAAACGCGCCCGAACUUGGUCUACAUCGGCGAAGAAGUGGAAGCUAACAACACAAGUUUGCGCGAUAUUAUCAAAGAGAUUGUUGAGGUCGUGAUCGAGCGAUACAAACAGGGCAAAGAAUACGGCAUCAUCAUUCUCAGCGAAGGUCUGAUCGGAUUUAUUGCGGAGAUCAAGGUUUUGCUGUCCGAGAUUCAAAAGAUUCUGGCGAACAACGAAAAUGAAAUGGACUCAGACCAGCUGACUGAAAACAGCAAGAAUCUUUGGUUCUACUUGCCGGAGCAGAUCCGGGUGCAGUUGUUGUCCGACCGUGAAGCUUCAGGCAUGGUCCAGGUUGCUAAAAUAGCUACCGAAAGACUUAUCAUGCAGCUAGUGAUGCUGGAGAUACGCGAGCGUAACAUCCCGUUCAACGCCACGCACCACUACUUCGGCUACGAAGGGCGCUGCGCGAUGCCUUCAAACUUCGACUGCAACUACUGCUACAACUUGGGCUUCACCGCUGCGACGCUCAUCAAGAUGCGGCGAAACGGCUACAUCGCAACUGUCAAGCACUUGGAAAACUCGCCGGACAUGUGGACGCCGUGCGGCGUUCCGUUUUGCCGAAUGAUGCACAUGCUAGACAUGGCCAACUGCACGCGCGUUCCGCAAAUCAUUCGGCAGCUUGUGGACUUGAAUGGCCCCAUCAUGAAGAGCUCUGCGGACUCGACGGUCAGAGCGCCGCCUCUCAACGUGGGCAUUGCAAUCCUGUCGCGCCAGGCUCCGGGUAUGCACAACGUAAUUUGGGGCAUCUUCGAGCGCGUCACUGAAAAGGGCGGCAAGGUAUUCGGUUUCAAGUGCGGAACGCAGGGCAUUGUCACGAAGAACUACACCAUCCUGACGGCGCAGGAUCUGCUUCCGUUUAAGAACCUCGGCGGCGCGGACCUGCUGGGCAGAGGCAGAGAGCAUGUUCUGCUGAACCACCAGGCGCGCAAACAGGUGCUGCAGAACGUAUCCCAUCUCAACUUGGACGCGCUGAUUCUGAUUGGCUCGUCGCUGGCGAUGACCGAAGCGACCUACCUCGCAGAGUACUUCGAGUACAAGCGCGCGCACUGUUGCGUGAUUGGCGUGCCGGCGACGGCAAGCAACAACCUGACGCACGAACUGCUGGAGACGAACAUUGGGUUCGACACAGCUAGCAAGAUUUACGCCGGGCUGGUUGGCAACGUGUUGGCCGACGCAGCUUCGAUGCCAAAGUAUUGGCACUUUGUGCGGCUGAUGGGCAAGCAAGCGAGUUACGAGGUGCUCGAGACGGCGCUGCAGACGCACCCGAACGUCGUGAUCAUUGCGGAGGAAUACGGCGCAGCGCAGAAGACGAUCCACGACAUCGUCAAAGACAUUGCGGACGUCGUCUGCAAGCGCGCAGAGACCAACAAGCAUCAAUCAAUAAUGUAA